AUGGCAAAAGCAGCAGUGGCAGUGCAUAAAAAUGAUGGUUUCAAAUUUUGUGUCAAUGAAAAGAGCAUUCUUGGAGACUCUUGGGUCCCGAUGUACGCGACACCUGAAAAAGUACCCUUUGAUAAACUUCAUUUUGAAAAAGCUAUGCUGAAUAUUAUUAGAGAACCAAAUAUUAAUUCAACCGCUAUACUGAGAGCAGAUAUCUUAACUGAAAAAGAAUAUGCAGUCUCUUUAGAACAUAAUUUGAUACAUUCAACAAGAAAUACGUAUGAAAUAAACGACCCUGAUGCCAAAAUGAUCAAGAUCGAUGAUAUGAAGUUACGUGAAGUGCCAAUUGAGAAGUCGUUACAGUUAGUAACAAAAUAUGAAAUUGUUAGAAGAAUUAUUCCAAGAAAUCCAUAUAAGGAUGCAAUAAUGAACCAGACUUGUCUGGUUAUGAACAGUAUUACGCAUGCCGAAACUUCGUUGAUCAUUUAUAAACCUCAUCUAGAUAAGAAAGAUUUAUGCCCGUUUUAUAUACCUCAUGUUAAUGCUGUGGCCAUUCUAUUGCACCAGAAGAAUCUUUCAGUGCAUUAUAUCCCAUUUAAGGACAAUGACAAUAAUGACAAUGAUAAUAAUAAUAAUAAUGAUAAUAAUACUUGUAAUAAUAACAUUACAGGAAAGGUAACAGAAAACACAGAUAAUAAUAAUAAUGGACAUAAAGAGCAACAAGCUAGGACUCAGAAAGAACUACUGCUUGAUGAAUCUGAAAGAGUAGUCAGAACAGCGUAUAGGUUGUUACAAACAUCUUUCAAACAUUCAAAAGGAACUAUGCAAGGAUAUGAAAAAAGAGUCAAUCACGAUCAAGUCGUAGAAAAAGUAAAAUUUCAAGAUCGUUACACCAAUUUGAAGAAAAAAUAUUCCAAAUUUCUGGUGGAAAAUUGGGUAGAAUCAACUGAUCCAAAGAAACAUGUGUUUGAAGAUAUUGGUAUAGCUGCAUUUUUAAUUGAAUUGUGGAUCAAAAUAUAUGGUGAAAACUUUAAACAAAAGAUACAAUUUAGGGACCUUGGUUGUGGAAAUGCUGUGCUAUGCUAUAUCUUGAUUCAAGAAGGUAUAAAUGGUAUAGGUAUUGAUGCUAGACAGCGGAAAUCAUGGAAUAUUUAUCCAAAAGAGGUCAAAAGUUGUUUAAAGGAACAAGUCAUAAUUCCAUCUGUCUUAAUAAGACCACAUCCGGAGGUAAGGAAGAGAAUGCCACAUAUACAACACAAUGGUGGUCUAUUUCCUGUCAAAGUUGCACACGAGUAUAUUGCACCAGCCACUAUAAUCUAUUCAAGUCAUGAUUUAUUAAAGUCACCUCAAGUUAACAUUGCAGAGUAUCCAAAGGAUACAUUUAUUAUUGGAAAUCAUUCUGAUGAAUUAACUUGUUGGAUCCCGUUACUUGGUUAUCCAUUUAUGGUAAUCCCUUGUUGCUCACAUAACCUUUCCGGUCAAAGAGUACGUUAUCAUAGUAAUAGUCAAAAUAAAAAACAAAAUUCAAAAGUCAAAAAUAGUACAUAUGCGGGAUUAGUGGAUCACGUUGAGUCAAUUGCUAAGAAAGUGGGUUGGCAAAUUGAAAAGGAAAUGUUAAGAAUACCAAGCACAAGAAAUGCAGCUCUGAUUGGAUAUGAAAACCCCUAUCUUGGCAAGUUCCCUACGAUGCAAGUUUAUGAGACUAUUAUUGAAGAGGGAGGAGCAGAAGGUUGGAUUCAGAAUACUAUGGCUCUUACCAAAAGAAAUCCAAGAGGUCAUUAG